AGAUUGCUUCGAAAAGGACCGCCUUCCAGCACGCGAGCUGCUAGUGCAAGCUGGCACCAUGGCAGACACCAAGACGACCAAGAAGACAUUCCAGAAGGUCGUGGCGGACUUCAUGAAAAGCGUGUCGGGGGAGAAGCUGGAGAACAAAUACCUCAACGGAAUGGUUACCAUACUGAAGUCUCUCACUGACAACCCAGACAACAUCAUCCUGAUGGUGGCCGACCUGGAAGUGGAUGCCUCGAAGGAGCCGAGCAAACCGGACACGGCCAAGGAGAAGGACAUCGAUUGGGAGGCCAUCGAGACUGCAGGCCAGAUAUCGAAAUGGUACGUCUGGGCGUGGAUCAAUUCCAAGCUCCAGGGAACAGAGCACGAGUUGACGUCAGAGGCUAUGGAGUUGAUAGACCGUAAAUCAGGACAGGGCACUUCGAAGAACAUCGCCGAGAUCGUGACGGGGAUCGGCCCCCGUACCAAGAUCCCGCCAAAGAUGCGCUCCAAGCCCGUCAUAUUCGAGAUUUACGAUAGGCGCUACGUGAUGAUGUGCAGGAGCUUGGUUGUUUUCUCCGAGAAGUACGUGGACCUUGCGACCGGGAUCAUCGACUGGCCGGCCGCCAAUCCGUACGUUGUUGUCAACGCCGAUGGCGGUGCUCAGAUAGUGAAACAUAUCCAGACGCAGGUGGAGGUGUCGGUGCGCCGCGGUAUCACUAUCGACAGCGCCUGGAAGCCCGUAAACCCCUGGAGCGAUGUCAGCAUGAAGUGGGUGCUGGACAGGACCCCCUAUGUCCCUGCCCAACACAUCACGUUCGAGCCCGGCAGCGUGUUCCACAACGUCGUGGUGAGGAACAACGACCACAUCGAGGAGAUGGUGAACGAGUUCCUGGAUGUGAAGGAGAAGGCCGCGAAGGCAGCCUCGGGCUCCAACCUCGCCAUCACUGACACGGUCGCCGAGGCGCAGUCUCGGCGCAAGAAGCGUCGCCUCACUGGUGCUCCAGCGCCAGAGAUGGCAGGGGCGCCCGAGCAUCCGUCGGGCGGGGUCACUUCGCCCGCUGCCUCGUCCGCUGCCUUGUCGCCGCCUGAGACUCCAGGGGUGCAAAUUGCGGACGUCACGGGCACGUCGUAGAUCCUUCGCCGUAGGCUAGCGCGCGGCAGGGGGGCGCGAGGGCUUUGCCAGAUGCAGUUUUCACUUUUCUUCAUCGCUGUCUGCGCAGCGCGCGGGCUUCGGGGGUGCGCCUCUGCUAGGGGAUCGAGCGCGAGAGGCGCCAUGGAAGGAUUGCGAGCUCACACGCGCGAGGCCGAUCACGGUGACCUCAGCCAGUAAACUUCGUUAGUCUGUCGUGGCCGCCAGUCGUCGCUUCAACGUCGG